UACUUCCCAACCCACGUGCUGACAGCUUACAGAAGGUAAUGAAGUUACAAAAGGGAAUAUCCAAUCAGUACAGGACAUGAUAUAGACACAACUACAUCAAAUUACCUAAUAUCACAAAUAUCUAAACAACAAAUCAUGCCGAAAAGCAGGAGAAAGUGCGGGAAACCAUAUCCAGGCCGCAUCGAAAAUGGACCAGGUGUGAAAAUGGCCGCGAAUAAUCUUUCCAUUGAGCAGAUUGCAGAUAGAUUUUUGGUUUCUAAAGAGACGGGAUUCCUAAUUAAUUGUUCACAUGUAAAACUAGAUAAAUGCUGGGGUCCAUUUGAGGAAGUUGCAGAACAACUGACUAAGAAUGUGGAAAACAGGAUAAUACGACAUAAGAUUGAGAAGCUAAACGGCGACCAUGACAUCCCAGAAGACAAGUUUGAGCAACUUUGCCUGCACAAGAUUUUGACAUUCUUAACUUCUGGAUACAUUUGGCAGGACGGCGAAGAAACCGUACCGGAGAAACUUCCCAGAUGUUUAGCGGUCCCGUUGACACGUGUAUCCGAUGCUCUUGGGAUGAAGCCAAUUUUAAGCUACCCUAGCAUGAUAUUGGCCAACUGGCAGUUGCAAGAUGCGAAUGAACCAUUUGACUUCCGAAAUCUAAAUGCCAUGUAUCAGACCCCAGGAGGUAAUGGUGCUGAGGCGUUCAUCCUGAUCCAUGUCAUCAUAGAACAGAGGUUCGCACCAGCCAUAGAGGCUAUAGUCGACGCAAUGAAGUAUUCAUCAGAGGGUUGUGAGGAUAAUGUGAGAUUGGCCAGAGCCUUGAACGUCAUACCGGUUGUGAUGGUGAAAAUGAUGAAAGCAUUCAAGGAAAUAAAAGAGGGCGUUAACCCAGAGCAGUUUUAUGAUGAACUCCGGAUUUUCUACACAGGUUGGGGCGGAGGAAAGGAACCUCUUCCUCGUGGAUUGGUUUAUGAGGGAGUUGAUGGAGACAAACGAAAAUCGAUGAAAGGAGGAAGUGCUGCUCAGAGCACAACCUUACAGAUACUUGACGCGGCAUUGGGUAUCAGGCAUGAAGGAGCACAAAAGGAUUUCCUCGAUGAAGUGAGAGAUUACAUGUUGAGAGAACACCGGGAAUACUGCGCCUAUGUGUGGGAACACAGUAACAUCAGGAGUUACGUGGAACGAUGCAGCAGCAAAGAUGUCCGAAAUGCCUAUGACAGAUGUAUCGCUGCCGUCCGGGGCUUUCGGGGCCUUCACAAAGACAAGGUGAAUGAUUAUAUACGAAAACCUUCCGAGCGAAAGGAUCGGAACAAACACGUGGAGGGUAUCAAACACACAGGAACAGGCAGUACCCCCUACCUUACGUUCCUGAAUAAAGUCAACGAGGACACCGACAAGUGUAAACUACCGAAAAAAGAACACAGUUAACAGCAAAGUAACAGGACGUGGUUCCAGUAUCUUAGCUGUGAAUUGAUCAUGGAGUACAUGGACAUACCAGUCUUAACAAGAACUAACUUCAUACAUCUUUUUUGUAUAACAUGUGUAUAAUAUAGUAUCACAAAUGACGAUUUAAGACAAUUUUAUGACUCGUGCCCUGCCUGGUAUAUGUCUGUAUAUAUAUAUGCAAGUGUAUGUGUGUGCAUGUGUGAGUGUGUCGGUGUGUGUGUAUGUAUGCGAAUUUACAUGUAUGUAUGUAUGUAUAUGUAUGGAUACAGUAAUGAAAUGUUCACUGAAACUGAUUCGUUGGUUAUAGGACUAAGUCUUACAGCUAUAAACGAUUUUCCGAGGAAUACAGCAUUUUGUGGUAAAAGCAUAAAACUUUUCCUGAACAUAGUUUAUGAUGUAGCAAGACAUUUCAGAUAUGGACUCAUCGCCAUUUGAUUGUAACAUGCUCUAUUUAUCACUUCCGGUUCAAAUCCAAUAUGGCGGACGCCUAUCACAAUAAUUUAGCGAACCUGUCGAGGGACGAACGCUCAACUCAAAGGCAAAAAGCGAGGAAGUCUCAAGCGAGAAAGAUAGUAUCGCAAACUCAUGUACCUUUCAAUUUCAGAUAAUUGGGGUAGCAGGUACAAUUCUUACCUACCUGCAGCAGAGGCAUCUAAAUCUAAACUAUGUAAAAACAUAACAUUUGUUUCUAAAAUUUAGUUUGAAAAUAUAUGUUUGUUAAUAUCCUCUUUUGAUAGACCUAAUAAGGUACUUUGAAAGUAAGGAACACAAAUCAUAUAGGAAUAAAGUUACCAAUGACAUUCCACAAAAUUCCUGGAAUUGAGAACAUUAGUUUUGAAACACAUUGACCUCAAAAAUAUUAUAUGACGAUUCUUGAAGAUGUCCCGCAAAGUAUUUUUGUUAUUACAAUGUAUGACCGCGCUAGCCAGGAAUCAGAUGUGAAUGAGUGCAGAAAAGUAGUGUUUGCGAUCAAAGAAUUGAAUUGAUCAUCCGACAAAAGAGGUUCUGAUACAACACACUAUACGAGCUACUCACCAGUUUGGUGUUGUAUGGGCGACUCCCUAGAUCCCACACCGCCUGUUCCGAAACCGGAAGACUUCGAAUAGGAACAGAAGCAUGUGGAGCUUUGCAACCAUUCUGGAUUCAAAUGGUGACGUUAAACGGUUUAACUACAACAUUUGUAUAAAGAAACAACCGGAAGUUGAAUGACAUUUUCCAUAUUAGCUUAUUGGAACCAAAAGUCCUAAUGGCAACAAGUCAUAUGUAUCGCCUAUGCAUCGCAUUGCUACAAAAACAACAGUUAGUAUUUUGGUAGGCAAUCAUUGAGGCAGGCUACACAUCAUAUGUUAGUGAAAUGUUAAGUUUUGUAAUUUUCAAAUUCUGUAUUCGUCCUGAAGACCCGGAAGUAAAAUACAUAAAUGUAGUAUUUUUUUUUUUUUUUUUUAAUGUGGCUUGUUUGUAAGAUUUCAUAAUGUUCUAUCGCACAAAAUUUCACAAUAUGAACACAAACAAUGUCCUUUUACUUUUGAAAUUGGUUAUGUUUCUGUUCCAAAAAAGUGAAAAUGGCGAUAAUUAAAACAACAAACAAAAAAACCCCGAAAGUUUUGGCUUUGAAAGAAAAAAGCAAAGCAUAAAAAAGUAUAAGUUGAUUUGUUUGCACACUUAAUAAGUUGUUAAUAAGCAAUAUUUUACAAGAAAUCCAACCAUUGUUUUACCUAAAAACUUGUUUUUAUGAUACGCGGGGGCCGUCUUGGAUUUUACCGGAAAUAGGGCUUUUUGAGGAGUUGUCCAUAUAUGAAAUAUCUUGUUCGGUCGUAAACUUACGACCAAAUGCAAUAAUUUUCUCUUAUCUACUGUGCUUCCUCUGGAAAAUAAGCUUUGCUAAACAGGUUUCAUAUCCUCAGUACAUAAAGUGUAUCAUUAUUGUUACUUUUUAUCAUUAUUAUUAUUUCAAUAAACUUACAUAAAAACUAUCAAAAUAAGCCUUAUAAGUCAAUACAUGUUGACAUAUUUACCGUAUCUCAUUUGUAUUACCGAAUACUGUGCUAUAUCUUAUAUGUAAUUCAUGCAAUAUUUUACUAACCAAGGAUAUAAUUUAUCAUUAUCAAUAUUUUGUAUUAUUAAUGUUUCAUGAAAAAUGCCAAUUCUGAUUGGCCGAAAGGUCACAUGAAUAAAUGAAUUGAAAAAAUCAAGAUGACGGCAAAGUUGAAAUGAUUGUAAAUUUUGAAUAAGUUUAUAUACUGUAUUUCAAUUUUGACAGAAUUGAACAAUAAACGAACUCGGGGAUAAUUUUUCAUAAGAGAGAGAGAGAGAGACAGAGAGAUAGAGACAGCGAGAGAGAGAGGGGGAGACAGAGAGAGAGAGAGAGAGACAGACAGACAGAGACACAGACACACAGACAGACAGUGACACAAACAAAAGGACAUAGACACCGACAGACAGAGACAAAUACAGACACAGACAGACACAGACAGACACAGAGAGAUAGAGAUUGAAUUUUAUGUCUAAUUAUGUCCGUAUCAUUAGAAAACAUACUGUGCAGUUUGACGUAUAUUUCGCUGUCAAAUAGAACCGCAUAUUUUAAAACAAACUAUGUUUUACUUCGAUACUGUAUCAGGUAGAAAAUACAAAAAUGAAAUCAAGAUACUUUUUGGUUGCUGAUUGUGACCGACCGAGAUUAUACGUGUAGUUAUGUACAUCAUCAGACUGAUAAACAUAGCUAUACGGUCGACGACAACCUAUAACUUAAACAAACCAAAAUCAUAUACUUCAAUAUGUUUGACCAAUGGAAGAAGACGAUGUUGCUCUAGACACAAAUAUUUUACUUCGUAGUAGUUUUGUUAUAAUCUGUUACCUGAUCAGGUAUUAUUGUUAUUUUACAGUCCUACGUAGGACAUUCUGACAUGGUGGUAGUAAUGUCUUAUCAACCUAGUGGUACCCAUGUCCUACCCACCUGGUGGUACCCAUGUCCUAUCGACCUGGUGGUACCCAUGUCCUACCCACCUGGUGGUACCCAUGUCCUACCCACCUGGUGGUACCCAUGUCCUAUCGACCUGGUGGUACCCAUGUCCUACCCACCUAGUGGUACCCAUGUCCUACCCACCUGGUGGUACCCAUGCCCUAUCGACCUGGUGGUACCCAUGUCCUACCCACCUGGUGGUACCCAUGUCCUACCCACCUGGUGGUACCCAUGUCCUACCCACCUGGUGGUACCCAUGUCCUACCCACCUGGUGGUACCCAUGCCCUAUCGACCUGGUGGUACCCAUGCCCUAUCGACCUGGUGGUACCCAUGUCCUACCCACCUGGUGGUACCCAUGUCCUACCCACCUGGUGGUACCCAUGCCCUAUCGACCUGGUGGUACCCAUGUCCUAUCGACCUAGUUGAACCCACGUCCUAUCGACCUUGUGGUCCGUGUCCUACAAACCUGGUGGUUCCCAAGCCCUACCGACCUUGUGGUACCCAUGUCAUAUCGACAUGGUGGUACCCAUGCCCUGCUGAUCUGGUGGUACCAUUACCCUACCGACCUUGGUGUACCCAUGUUACAUCGAUACCAACCUUGAGGUACCCAUGUCACAUCGACCUGGUGAUACGCACUUCCUAUCGACCUAGUGGUACCCAUGUCCUACCGACCUGGUAAUACGCACUUCCUAUCGACCUAGUGGUACCCAUGUCUUAUCGACCUGGUGGAUACGUAGCUCUGUAUUUAUGUUGACGCUUAUUCUAAUUGAUAGUAUGCAUGUAUGGAUUAGUAUAAAUAAUACUUGAAUAAUAAAUUAUUGAUUUAAUAUA